UUCCCACCUGGUCUCAGAAUAUCUUGUGUAUAUUCCUGUGUACUCAAGUUCUUAUCUCAAUAAAGGUCUCGAGAUGUGUAGAAAGCAAAGAAAUUUGGAUUACAAUCAUGUCUUUCUUCUUCGUAGAUUUAAGAUCCAUGAACAGGUCAGCAACACACGUUGUAACAGAGUUUAUUCUCCUGGGAUUCCCUGGUUCCUGGAAGAUACAGAUUUUCCUCUUCUCAUUGUUUUUGAUGAUUUAUGUCUUGACCUUGCUGGGAAAUGGAGCCAUCAUCUAUGCAGUGAGAUACAACCCACAACUACACAACCCCAUGUACUUUCUGUUGGGAAACUUUGCCUUCCUUGAGAUCUGGUAUGUUUCCUCCACUGUUCCUAACAUGCUAGCCAACAUUCUUUCCAAGACCAAGGCCAUCUCAUUUUCUGGGUGCUUCCUUCAGUUCUACUUCUUCUUUUCACUGGGAACAACUGAAUGUCUCUUUCUGGCAGUAAUGGCUUAUGAUCGGUACCUGGCCAUCUGCCACCCACUGCAGUAUCCUGCCAUCAUGACUGGAAGGUUCUGUAGUAAGCUGGUGUCUUUCUGUUGGCUCAUUGGAUUCCUUGGAUACCCAAUUCCCAUUUUCUUCAUCUCCCAACUCCCCUUCUGUGGUCCUAAUAUCAUUGAUCACUUCCUGUGUGACAUGGACCCAUUGAUGGCUCUAUCCUGUGCCCCAGCUCCCAUAACUGAAUGUAUUUUCUACACUCAGAGCUCCCUUGUCCUCUUUUUCACUAGUAUGUACAUUCUUCGAUCCUAUACCCUAUUGAUAACAGCUGUUUUUCAGGUCCCUUUUGCAGCUGGUCGGAGAAAAGCCUUCUCUACCUGUGGUUCUCAUUUGGUUGUGGUAUCUCUUUUCUAUGGGACAGUCAUGGUAAUGUACGUAAGUCCUACAUAUGGCGUCCCAACUUUAUUGCAGAAGAUCCUCACACUGAUAUAUUCUGUAGUGACUCCUCUUUUUAAUCCUCUGAUCUAUAGUCUUCGUAAUAAGGACAUGAAACUUGCUCUGAGAAAUAUCCUUUUUGGAAUGAGAAUUAGUCAAAAUUCGUGAGCCAAAGAUGUGCCAUACUUACAAGUUCUAAUGAAGAACAAGAGAUGUUAUCAGUUCUUUCAGCAGCCUUUUAGUCCUCAGUCUGAGUAGUUACAGGUUGUAUAUUUCACCUGGAAGUAUGCCCAGCUUAUAUACAUUUUCAACACUUACUACUUAAACCUUAAUUAACUGGUCUUCAACAUCCACUAAAAAGUUUUCAAAGCCUGUCUUUAUUAGAAUGAUAAAAUGGAAUUGCUAUUUGAGAUGCCCUUCUGCUGACAUGCCCCAUGGUUCAUCAUUGAAUGUCUUCUUUCUCAUUGCAACAAGACAAUAAACUUUGUUCAACUACAGGUGUGUUCCUAGGAGUCUUUGACUGAUGGAAAUCAAUAGUAACACCAGCAAACAGUAAGGCCUCAAACAGGUUUUAAAAAUAUUUCUAUCUCAACGUUUUUACUUACAAAAAUAAUAUAGAUUGUGUAACAAAUUAAAGCAAUACGAAAGAAUUUCCAUCUUUACUCCCAUAUUUACCAAUUUUCCUCUUUGCUCCUCAGAGUCAAUACAUCUAAAUCCCUCUGGCACUCAACACUUCGUAACACAGCACCACUAAAUCUAUUUCAUUUGUUUUCCAUUUCUUCCGAACAUCAGCCCUCAGCCCUAGUCAAGCCAGUUACUUUAUUCAACUCUAUCAUUUUUUCACUUUUUCUUAGACUGUUAUUUCUUUUCUUUCUCUUUUUUUUUAAGUUGAAAUUUUGCUCUUGUUGCCCAGGCUGAAGUGCAAUGGCACAAUCUCAGCUCACUGCAACCUCCACCUCCUGAGUUCAAGUGAUUCUCCUGCCUCGGCCUCCCGAGUAGCUGGGAUUACAGGCGCCCACCACCACGCCUGGCUAAUUUUUGUAUUUUCAGUAGAGACUGGUUUCACCAAGCUGGCCAGGCUGGUCUUGAAUUCCUGACGUCAUGCGAUCCGCCUACCUUGGCCUCCCAAAGUGCUGGGAUUACAAGCAUGAACCAUCAUGCCUGGCUAGGCUGUUCUUUCAACCUAGAGAGCCUCACUUCGUCUUCUGCUAUGAAAGAAUUUAGUUAACACUUAAAUUCUUUAGUUCUUAUUUUGUGAAAUGAGUGUAAUUCAUGCCUUGAAAAAUAUCAGAAAAUUAAAUCUGAUCAUUUCCAAAAAGAGCCAUAUUAUAGAAAGAGACAUAUAGGAGGCUCUGAGCACACGCUGUUCUCUUCUCCUUCCUGUCUUUCAAACCCGACUAUUGAUACUUUCCUGGUUAUCUUUUAGAUGUUUUGCAAUGU